ACACACACACACACACGCUUCAGAGAGGGGAGAGAGAAGCUGAAUAAAUGACUCACAACAACUCCCACCUCAAUAACAGUAGAAUCAAGAUGGCGGCUGAGGGCGAGUACGAGUCGAUCCUGUGCGUUAAACCCGACGUCAACGUCUAUAGAAUCCCGCCGAGAGCUUCAAACCGCGCAUACAGGGCAGCUGACUGGAAGCUGGAUAGUCCAGACUGGUCGGGUCGAUUGAGGAUCACCACUAAGGGCAAAGUGGCAUACAUCAAGCUGGAAGAUAAAGUCACAGGGGAGCUGUUUGCCCAGGCACCGGUUAAGGAGUAUCCUGGUGUUACAGUGGAAACGGUCAGCGACUCCAGCCGAUACUUUGUUCUGCGGAUACAAGAUGACAACGGUCGUAGUGCUUUCAUUGGAGUUGGCUUCGGGGACCGAGGGGACUCCUUUGAUUUCAACGUGGCUUUGCAGGACCAUUUCAAAUGGGUGAAACAGGAGGAUGAACUCAGUAAAACCGCUCAUCUGGGGGAUUCAGGACCAAAACUGGACUUAGGCUUUAAAGAGGGACAAACCAUCACACUCAAUAUAGGGCAAGGUAAAAAGAGGGAUAAACCUCGCCCACAAGGCACAGGUGGACUUGGACUCCUUCCUCCACCACCAGGAGGCAAGAUAGCUCCUCCUCCUUCAUCAAGCCCAUCCAAUCACAACAUAGUCCCCCAGACAGGAGGAACAGCAACAGCCUGCCUGUUGGAGCUGGACAGUAGUAACUCGAACACAGUGGUUCAGUCAAACCCUAGUUUAGAUCUUUGGGGAGACUUCUCUGCUCCUGCAAGCUCUGUUCCACCUCCAUCACGAUCAGAGAACGCCACAAACUGGAUCCAGUUUUGAGUCUGCAGUGGCGCUUACGUUGAUUUGUGAUUCCCAUCUCACCCGCAUCGUUGUUCGUAGCUUCCUGUGCAUCACACUGCGAGUAAAUCCCACACACUUGAUCCCAAAGCAGAGACGUGAACUCCCUCCCACAGAGCUGUAGAAACAAUUCACGGCAUCAUUUCAUUCAGAAAGAAUCAUAGUUCCUUUUUAAAAAUGUUCUCGACAGGAAAUGAAGCGUUAAUCUCUUAAAGCCAUUACAUUGAUAUGAGCCAUUUCCAGUAAUAUUUAAGGGCUAUGUGUGAUGUCCUGAGUAGCAGGUGCUCCUCGUUUAUGUGUCUGCAUCGCCUCCCCACUAGAGGGCUCAGAGCUCUAUCUUCUCUCUGUAAUGUUUCUGUCUCUCAAACGGCUCCCCCUGCAGGCUUUAGAGAGAGCUACACCUCAAUGACGAAUGCUUCAUGGAGGCACCGUUGCUUUCUGUAACCUACUGUGAAUAAUGUGCAGAGGGUGACACAGCUCAGAUUAAGUGAAUUUAUAAGACAUAAAACAAAGAAGAUCAUUCUGCAAGUUUCUUUAGUGAUCUACAAUUGGCACUUAAAUAUUUUUUUUUCACAUUCAGAAAAUGACAAUUUGUCUUUUUACACUAGAAGUACAUCUAACUUAUGAGAGUUAUGAAUUCUAAACAGUGCAAUUUGAGAUAUAUAAAGCCUUUUUACCUCUCUGGCAAGACUUUUUCAGUUUUGAGAAAAGUUAAUCCUCUGUUAUGACUUUAAGAGAGGAUUAAUUAACUUGCUUGUUCCCAUCGGCACACUGUGAACUGUGGAGAAUUACAGCUGGAGGAGGUUUGUCAAACUUUCUGUAUUUAAAAGUUUGCUUACACAACAAUAAUAUUGUGGAAUUGAAAGGUUCAGUUUAGCUUUUCUAUGCGGUAUGAAAACUAAACUGUCAAUAUUUCCCAUUUUCUCUGAACGCAGAUGCAACCCUCUGCUGAAAUCACCUCUAUAAAACACGCACUGUCUACUGAUUGCUGAAGGAGUUAGAGUUUAUACAGUAUUUGGUGUUUAUAGAAUCACUGAACUCACGUAUACUGUACGGGAUACUGAACUGCAGCAUUAACAUUCCUUUAUGAGGUAUUUGAACUAUGAAUUUAUUUGUGUUUACAAUGCAAAUGCAUAUGUGUUUGUGUGCUUGUUAUAUUUUGUUGUGACAUUGAAAUUAAUGUAUUCAUUUCCAAAUCUGACAUGUGUUGUGUACUAGCCGUUUGGGGCAUUUUUAAGAAUGAAAUAAGCUCAGAAUUAGAUAUUAUAUAUUGCAUAUCUAUCUGCUGACUUUGAUGCAGCAGUAAAUUAAAACACUACUGAAAUAUUUAAAGGGCGUCUUUAUCCCAAUCAAGUUUUUACCUCAUUUGAAAACAACAUUUCAUCCCAAGUAACGUUUGGAAAGUUGAAAUGAAUAAAUGAGGUGAAUCAGAGCAGGAAUGUAAAGCGUUCUGCUUUAACUGACUGGACUUUGUAUUUAGAAAGUCCUAUCUUGCCUUAAAAAGUGAACAAUUAAAUAGUGAGAUUUGUUAUUGAUAUCAGAUCAGAGGGAGGCUCUAAUGUGGGGUUUAUCAGCAAGUUUAUGGUAGAAUAACUUUUUUUGCAUUAAAUCUAAACUAAUGAUGCUGCAUCCCUUUGACUCCCCAGAAGCUCCCCGUCUGUUAAAAUGAGUCUGAUGUCAAAGAGAAAACAGACUUAUGAGGUGACUUACCACUUUGUUCCGAUGUGCCAUUUACCACCAAAAAUCAGUGGAGUCAAAAUAUUAACUGAUUAAUUAAUCUCUUACAAAGUGGAUAAUUAACCUGCCUUUUUAUGUUUUCUGAAAUGAUCAUGUUUACCUGCACAGACUGCUCUGUGGUGAUCUCAUGGCCAUCGGUACUAAAUAUGAUGUAUGACGUACGAACAGAUGAACUGAAUAUGAGAAGUCCAGUUCCAGAUGAAAAAGCUGUCUUAAAUAAUAGUUUGAGAACAUUUGAGAGUUGUCAGCAGAUCCUACAGUGGAUAAAAGAAGAUUUAGACAAUUUGCGGAAAAUAUUUGUAACUUACUGGCAUCGUAUUACUUUCUGGGAAAUCAUGGGUCUUAUUCACUGGAUAAAGACUGGAAACGGGGGGAAACUGCUUGCCAGGGGUUUUACGAGCACUGCUGACAUGCAGAUCACAAAUGGUCCUGUUUCACAAAUGAUUGUCACUUGCAAACUGCAGAUACAUUUGCAAAUCCUGCAGUCCCUUUGCAUGAUCAAGCAUGUACCACAGUUAUAGUGUUCCUUUGGAUUUCUAUUUUUUGAAUUAAAUUAAUGUGAGGAAAAAAUGUGAGUAGGAAUGGUAUCAUGUUGCAAGUCAAAGCUCGCAUUUUCCAACAAGCACUUAAUCUGUACAGAGGAAACAAAACCUGCCUUGUAGCAUCUCUAGAGAGAACUAAGUAACACUAAUUCAAUCUAGUUUGUUUAUAUUUUCCAAAAUGUCAAACUGUUCCUUUUAAUGUAUUAUAAUACUGAGUGUCCUAAAGCAUUGAACCUAUCUGAUGCAAUGAUCCUUGUUCAGACUGUAAAAUGAAAUCCAAAAUCCUCUUGGCAAAGCUUUUUACUGAGCUGUUAGAGAUGACGCCCGUCUCUUGAGUGAUGGUGGGAAAAACAAUAUCUAAUGAUUGUCUUACUUCAUCUGAUGAAUGUCUUCAUGGCAGCAAAUGAUAUGUUAUUAAUGUGCUGAAAAGACUUUAGCUGAUUGUUACUUUAGACCAGGUUUACAGGACUUUGACAAAUGAAUUGUUAUAAACAUUUCUUGACUGUGAACUCAUUUGUUUGCAUAGAUUUUUAAAGGUGUACUGUGGUCAAAUCACAUGAACUGUAUUUAAUUGGCAUUGAGAUACAGAGGCUGAUUGAUAUCUUGAUGAUAUAUGUUGGAUAUGUGUGUUGUGUUUACAUUGCUUGUAUUGCUGGCUAAACUAUAAAUAUGUGUCCCAUUUCUCACUCAUUCCACCCUGGCUGUAAAAUCACUGGACUAACACUUUUGAUUUAUGACCAAUUUAAUGAGAAAGAGGCAAUAAAUCCUUUCAAAGGA